UUCCAGGGGUCAAACAUGAAAGUGUUUGUGAACCCGCAGAGGAAAGGUCAACUCGAGACGGAAGAAACUAUGGAAUUGCCCAUGUCCUAGCAAAAAGUACCAAUUUCCAAGAGCUGCAUGAACUGUCCAUGCCUGAGAAGUGGAUUGCAAAAUUGAAAACCUUCAUCAACAAGUUACUGAUUAUCUUAUUAAAGUACAUCUCUGAAAAACUGGACCAACAUACAUUGCUACAAUGCGGGGAGAAUUUCAUAAACCCGGAUGACAGACUUAUAGAGUUAACCGCUGGUUCAACCCUCCAUGUUUUUGCUGUCCUUGUCCAGCAUGAGGACGAAGAUGAUAUCGACGAGAGAAAUGAGGUACAAGCUGUAGAGGGCACCUACACAUCAGGAACAGGACCAAUUGAAAAGAUUGUCAAGAAAGUGGUAAAAUCUUUGGGAUCAACUGAGGAGCCCACAAAAACCUUGAAAACCUACAGAGACGAAUUUUUGAUGGGACGAAAAUUGGACAUAAGCGAGGUGGAUGAAAUUAUUGAAGGUGACACGUCUUCGAUAUUUGUUGGACGUAACAACCUAUGGGGAGACACAAACUCGGAGGUUAAAUUGCUUUCCAAUAUUCGAUUUUCGCUAGAAGUGAACUUUCACGGGGAGCAGAGUGAGGACUUAG